CUUUUUGCUAAAAACGGGCCGCCUAGUGCAGCAUCACUAGUAAAACACGCAACCACACUGAGAGCUCCACACUAGCCGGUAUAGGCGAGAACCGACGGCGUCACGGUCGCCGGAGUGGACGCACUGCACACACACUGUGACCGUGUCGACGGUGUGACAGUGCGCGACACAACCGUCGGCGCCGCGCUAUCGCGGCGCCCCGCAGUCUACACGCCUCAGGUGCACCCCUGAAGGCGCCAUGAGCGCGCAGGCACAUAGCAGCGCCGCGCCAAAAGGUCAUUCCCUCACCCGACCCGCGGCUCCACCGCGGCUGCAGCGGUCCGCUCACCUGUUGCUGCCAUGGGCAGCGCCGAGCCGCGGCGGAGGUCGCUCCGUAGUUCUGCGUUGAGCCGCACGAGUGCGCCGACCCGUCGCGAGGUGCCGGUGGUCGGGCACCGCGCGCUGCGGCUGCAGCGAGCAGGUGGCUGGCGCGGCGAAGGCGGGCAGCGUCGCGGGUGGCGCCACCGGCUCGAGGUGGGGUCCUGAGGUGGCUUCAGCCUGGUCUGCUCGAGCGGCACACCCGCCGCGCUCGCGAUCCGCCACCGUCCUCGACGCCGCCAAAAGCUGGCUGGUGGUCGCGCGCAGCGCGUCAGCGCCACUCCGACUGGUCGGGCACCUCGGCUGGGUCCAUCAGCACGAGGCCUGCCCCGUCGGGGAGCCCCGCGAGCGCAUGUAGCCCCACCCCAUG